AUGGCGGCCGCAAAGGCUAUGCUAGAUGAGCUUCCUAGUUCUAUAUCACAACCCCAGUCCGACCGGAAAAUCUACACACUUGGCAGUAUUGGUGGCCGCAAUGUAGUAAUCGCCAGCCUGCCUGCCGGUCUCGCUGGGACGAUAUCUGCCACAGCUGUUGUGUCACGCUUAGUAUCUACUUAUCCAACUAUUCAAUUUCGACUGAUAGUGGGUAUUGGAGGGCGUUUUCCUAGACGAAAUUCUGAUAUUUGCUUUGGUGACGUUGUAGUCAGCAGGCGAACCGCUACAUCGGGUCGUUUUAUCCAAUAUGACUACGACAAGACACUCCGCAACGGGCAGUUCCAGCACACCGGGUCCCUCAAGAAGCCUCGUCCGGUCUUGCUAAAGGCUACGGCUCAAAUAGAGAGCGACAGUAUACUAGGAAGGAACCUGCUCGUCCUGGGAUAUAAUCACAGCAACAGGGAAAAUGACGGCUCAGAAUGUGAUAAACUCCAGCUUCUAGACCGUCCCCAGCGAUCAGACGAGGAGCCCUAUAUUCAUUAUGGCUUGAUUGCCUCCGGAGAUCAGGUCGUGAAAGAUGCUAAAACCCGGGACUCCGUUGCACACGACCGAGAUAUACUGUGUUUUGAAACGAAAGCUGCUGGACUUAUAGACGAGUUGCCGACACUUUAUAUGUGA